AUGCCCACCUAUGACAGCCCUAUGCCUCAUCACAACCAUAUGCCUACUAACAUACAUAUGUCUCCGACUACUAGUCAAAACAAUCUAUCUAACUCUAAUCCUAAUCUACAACAAGCAAUCCCAUUCAAGACCACUAAACUCAAAAUCGGAUCCAUUAAUUGUCGAAGUCUAGCUUCCACAUCAGACCCAAUAACUCGACGAAAAUUUACCCGGUACCUUCGAUCUCUGAAAUACGACCUACUCAACUUUCAAGAAGUUCGAACAGAAGACAACAAUGUAAUAGAAUCCUUAAAUAUGGAAUUACAAGCUAAAGAUUCAAUCUGGACUCAACACGUUGGCAUCUGCAUCACAUCAACCACCACUUUGAGCCGAUAUACAUAUCUACUAAAUGAUUAUGCUCCUAGCCAACCCGGUCCUAAGAAACAAUUUUACAGCGAUACCAUUGGAUUGCCUUUAUUUAAGGAUGAAACUGAUGAGAUUUUUAAUUACCACCACUAUACAACAUAUCGAUCCUCAAAUUCACAUUGUCCUCACCCGAUUAGAUCCUGGAAACAGACUCUCAACCAACACCUCUAUGACUGCAUCAAUUCAGAUGACAUAACAGAGACGUAUUCAGUGGCAAAUUUACAUAUCACUUUUAGUCGGGGAAAUUCACGUACUACAAUUGAUUACAUUUUUGCAUCGCUAUCAAUUAAAGCAAGUAUGACCAAAUCUGGUGUCGAUUUUAUCAAUACGGACUGGACAGACCACGCCUUAAUCUCUAUUGAUCUUGUAUUGGUGAGUAAAAAACAUGGGAAAGGAAUCUAUAGAGCGAAUCCGGCAUUGGCCAAGAACAAGCGUUUCGUUGAACAACUGUCCACGUUGCUUCAAGAAUUGAAACCAGAUACAACAAAUAGCCCUCACAACUCCCCUCAGAAUAAAUGGAACUCUAUGAAGAGAAAACAAAUCGAACGACUUCAAACUUGUCGUUCUAAAAUUAUCGCCAAACACUCCGAUCAUCCAGCAAUUCUCAACCAACUCUUGCCUACCGUUGAACAACAAUUGGGGAUACUGCAAAAAGAAGUAGCCGAAAUUGACGCCAUAAGAGCCGGGAGACACUGGCAGGAGCAGGGAGAAAUUUCAGCUGGAUAUCUUAAACGAACCAUUACUCAACGGGAACAACAACGAACCAUGAACGCGGUCAGCCACCCAGUAUCUGGUGAGUUGUGUCAUAAUGACAAAGACACCCAAGAGGCGACUCAUGUCACACAUCACCGAGACGAGUACAAAAUAACCAGAGAAACAGCUUCUGGAAUACUCGAACCAUUUACAAUUGACGAUAUUUUGGAAGGUGCCAAACGAUCUCCCGCUAAAACCGCUGAACACCAACAAGCCUCACAAAAGAUUGAUCGAUUCUUUGCCAAGGAUGGUUUGGCCAGUACGUUACAACAACGUUUGCAUGCUUUGGAUGACCAAGAGACCACAUUAGGUUUAAACUGGUUGGAUAGACUUUGGUUAAAGAAGGGUUAUCUCGAGUAUCGUAUCCCUACCUUACUUAACGUCAACUGGUGGAAUCAAUUUAGAGACCCCGUCUCGGGUUUAGUAAAAGGUGCACCUGAAGGUCAAGUCUCUAUCCAUGCCUGUUCCGGGAUCUAUAAAAAAGAAAGAAAAUAA